AUGGCGAUUUACACUAGUUGCGUGAUUGCGCAGGAUUCUAUGAAAGGAAUGGAAGAGGUUGUCUUGCGUUAUUUCACUGGAUUGUUUAAGGCAAAUGAUGUUAACUAUAUUCAUAUGCAGAGUGUGGUUGAAUUGGUGCAACCAAAGGUGACUGCGGAGAUGAAUGCUGAUUUGUGUGCUCCAUACUCAGCAGCUGAGAUAAAAGCUGCUCUCUUUCAGAUGUAUCCUACGAAGGCCCCUGGUCCUGAUGGGAUGCCACCUUUAUUUUUUCAAAAAUAUUGGGAGAUUGUGGGAAGUGAUGUAGUGUCUGCUGUUCAACACUUUUUGCAUACUGGUCAAUUUCUUGGUGAGAUUAACUAUACACAUAUUUUUUUAAUUCCGAAGGUGAAGGAUCCUAUUUCGUUGGAUAUGAGCAAAGCAUAUGAUCGGAUGGAAUGGAGUUUUCUAGAAGCGGUGCUGUACAGGUUAGGCUUUGAUGAGAAUUGGAUUGGCCGGAGUUAUCAUGAAAUGUGUCACUACUGUGAGGGGAUCAAAAUUUGUGAGGGUGCUCCGGUAAUUCACCAUCUUCUCUUUGCUAAUGAUAGUCUUCUUUUUGGGAAGGCCACUCUAAGUGAAUGUCAGCAUAUACAAUCUGUUCUGAAUGCUUAUGAGUUGGCAUCUGGUCAACAGAUUAACUUUGCUAAGAGUAGCAUUGUGUUCAGCAAGAGAGUUCCUGAGGCUAAUAAGCUUUCUUUGGCAAGUUUUUUGGGUGUGGCCAUUGAAGUCAAGCAUGAGAAAUAUCUGGGCCUUCCUACUUACUUGGGGAGGAAUUAG